AUGGAAAAUAGUUCCUUGUCCCAAUGCAAACACUCUUCUUCUACUUCUUACCCUUUGUUUGGUCUGGUGGAUUUUUUCCUCAUCGGUUUUUUCAGAUGGGUUUCUUUCGCUCAGAUAUUUUUCUCCAGGUUCUGUCCUCUUCUUCAACACCAGCAGUGUGUUUCCGAGAAGAAGAGCAAAGAUCUCGAAGUCCAGAGUUUGAUCAAACAUGAUGAUGGUCUCUGCAUAGAAGAUGCAGAGAUGGUGAUGCAAAGCUUAGGACUUUACCGACCAAGAAAGCGAGGGACUUCAGAAACGUUACAGUUCCGAGGAGCUUUCGAAUCUGUUUGA